GCUACCCUUGAAGUAAGCAUUUUCCACAGUCAUCAUAUUUAGACUCAGCAAAAUUCAAACCUGAUUGUCCAUUGCUAUUCCAGUUGUAGAAUACCUUUUUCUUUUGAUACGUUAGGUUAAAUAUGUCUUCUGAAGGAAAAUCUAUCACUUGCAAGGCCGCAGUUGCUUGGAAGGCUGGAGAACCCUUGUCUAUAGAAAAUAUUCAAGUAGCUCCUCCAAAGUCUCAUGAAGUUCGUGUUCAAGUUAACUGGACGGCUGUUUGUCACACUGAUGCUUAUACCCUUUCUGGUGUAGACCCUGAAGGUGCGUUCCCUGUCGUCUUGGGUCACGAAGGUGCUGGUGUCGUUGAGAGCAUUGGCGAAGGCGUUACCAAUGUUCGUCCUGGUGAUCAUGUCAUUCUUCUUUACACUCCCGAGUGUAAAGAAUGCAAGUUCUGCCGUAGCGGUAAAACUAACCUUUGCUCCAAAAUCCGUGAAACCCAAGGUCGUGGUUUAUUGCCCGACGGUACUUCUCGUUUCUCCAUUGAUGGCAAGCCCCUUCUUCAUUAUAUGGGUUGCUCAAGCUUUAGCCAAUACACCGUUGUUGCCGACAUCUCUCUCGCUGCCAUUUCCCACUCUGCUCCUCUUCGUAGCGUUUGUCUUUUGGGUUGUGGUGUCACAACUGGUUUCGGAGCCGUUACUCACUCUGCCAAGGUUGAGGCAGGCUCGACUGUUGCUGUUAUCGGAGCCGGAUGUGUUGGUCUUGCUGCCAUGCAAGGUGCCGUUGCUUCAGGAGCCUCCCGUAUCAUCGCCAUUGACAUCAAUUCUGAAAAGGAAGCUUUCGCCAAAAAAUUUGGCGCUACUGAAUUUAUUAAUCCUACCAAGGUUGACGACAUCGUCCAACAUAUUACAGAGUUGACUGACGGUGGUGUUGACUAUGCUUUUGAUUGCACUGGCAACGUUAAUGUUAUGCUUCAAGCCCUACAAUUCUGCCACAAAGGAUGGGGUAAGCUCUGCGUUAUUGGUGUGGCUGCUGCCGGUAAGACCUUGGCUUUCCGACCUUUCUUGGUUGUUACCGGUCGUCAAAUUCUGGGCUCUGCUUUUGGUGGUGUCAAAGGCCGCACUGAGCUUCCCAACUUUGUGGACGACUACCUUCAAGGUCAUUUCAAGGUUGAUGAAUAUAUCACUCACUCUGAAAACUUGCACACUAUUAACAACGCCUUUGACCACAUGCACGAGGGCAAGUGUAUCCGUUGUGUAGUCGAUAUGAGCAACCCUUGAAUAUGCUAACAAUCUAAAAGUGCUUUGCUCUUCGAGCUUCGUACUUGAAUGUGAUUGCUUUUUUUUACGUGUUUGAAAAUGAAUAGUGUUUAUCGUUCCUCUUUUUUGUUUUUACUUAUUCCUAAGAGCUGAAAGUAGCUAAACUCUUUCCCAUUUUUGUAGUGAGACUAGUCGAUAUGUCAACUUGAAAACUACGCAUGUAGUCACUAAUAGCAAGCUUUUAUACUCUAGUUGAAUAAGUUCAUUCAUAACCUGGUACAUUACACUCGUAGUAAUCUAAGAAAGGAAGUGGU